GGCACGGGGAGAGGAAGGCUGGCUUCACUUUGACAUUCUGACGUAUGCAGCUAUUCAAGGCAAAUAAUCAUGGCGGCGGAGGCUAAGCAAAGCAGUUAUGAUGGCAGCCAUGUGGAAAAUUUCGAGUUCUACUUGCAAUGCUCGGGCGAGCACGAAUCCAUUCUCCACUUUCUCAUGAAGCACUUGCCAGAAGAAUUCGAAAGAAUUGGAGCAGACAAAAGUGGCCUGGCUGUUCUCGGUGUGGGAAGCGGUGGAGGUGAAGUGGAUGUCCAGAUGCUGUCUCUCAUGCAGUCCACCCUCUCCGCUCUUCCCAUCACUGCUGACAUCGUGGAAGGAAGCACCGAACUGGUUGCCAAAUUCAAAGGAUUGGUAACAAAGACUGAUCACCUUCAGAAGAUUCCAUUCACUUGGCAUACCAUGCUGAGUGAGGAGUAUAUGCAGAAAACCAAGGGAAGAGGAGACGUGAAGACAUUUGACUUCAUACACAUGAUUCAGAUGCUGUACUAUGUGGAUGACCUGACAGAAACAAUCAAAUUCUACCACAGCCUUCUGAACAAGAAUGGCAGGCUCAUGAUCAUCAUAGAAAGCGCCAAUUCGGGCUGGGACACGCUGUGGAGGACUUUCUCAAAAGAGCUGUGCAAUGAGAUACUCCCAGUGUAUCGUUCAUCUUCAGACGUCUUGGCCUCCCUGAAGAGUCUGGGUCUGAAAUACGAGGAACAUUUCAUCCCCAACACCUUUGACAUUACUGAGUGCUUCGAUCCAAACAGCAAGACUGGACAACAUCUGAUUAGUUUCAUGACAGGCAGAGAGAAUUUCUACCAGUCGUUCACGCCACGAGUAAGAGCUGACAUACUAAACGUUCUCCGGAGCAAGUGUAGCACAGAAAAGGAGGGCAAAGUGUCUUUUAACAGUGAAAUGAGAUGUGUAUUUGUUUACGCUUGAACCUGUUUCUCUCUGGGGUAAUGAUUAUCAUGAAUGAACUGAAAUUAACAUGUACUCAAAUGCUUUCUUAAAAAUAAUUUGCAAGAUUGAGUUGUAUUUUUGCUGAAAAUAAGCAUAACAACUUAGAAUUAUUGUAAGCAUUCUUUUCUUCAUAAAACAAAUAUGUCUUUGGUACUUUGGUACGAGUUUGUACUCGCAAAAUUGCAACUUUUUUUAAUCAUUAGAAUACACCUUUUUUCUCUCGCUAUUUUGAGUUUAUUCUGAUAAAAUAAAAUAAAAAAAUUUCCAUUUCUGAUGUUUUUUUUUUUUAAAUUAUCUGUUUUGUUUGUUUUUCAUAAUAUUAAGUCUUUUCAGAAUAUUAAGUCGUCCUUUAUGC